AUGGGCAGUGAGGCCCUGGGCCAGGGGAGGGAGGCGGCGCCCAGGCGGGGGGCGGAGUCUCCCCGUCCCGGAGGCUCGGAGGAGCCGGCCACCGAGCAGCCGCCCGCCCGGGGCUAUGCCGAGGCCGUGGGCCCCGCUCCAGCUCCUGCUCCAGGUCGCCGCCGUGCUCGGGACGCUCGGGACGCGCGGGCCGCAGUACAGGUCCAGACCUUCAGGCCGGAGAGCCUCCUGCUGGUGUCCACCCUGGACGGCAGUCUCCAUGCGCUGAGCAAGCAGACGGGGAGCUUGCAGUGGACCCUGAAGGAUGAUCCCACCGCCCAGGGACCGACGUAUGUCACAGAAACGGCCUUUCUCUCUGACCCAGCUGAUGGCAGCCUGUACAUGUUGGGGACGGAGCAACAACAGGGGUUAAUGAAACUGCCCUUCACCAUCCCGGAGCUGGUUCACGCGUCUCCCUGUCGCAGCUCUGAUGGGGUCUUCUACACAGGCCGGAAGCAGGACGCCUGGUUUGUGGUGGAUCCCGAGUCAGGGGAGACUCAGAUGACGCUGACCACAGAGGGUCUCUCCGGUGCCCGCCUCUACAUCGGCCGAACACAGUACACCGUCACCAUGCAUGACCCACGGACCCCGGCCUUGCGCUGGAAUGCCACGUACCGCCGCUACUCAGCACCCCCCAUGGAAGGCUCACCUGGGAAAUACGUGAGCUGCUUGGCAUCCUGCGGGAUGGGCCUGCUGCUAACGGUGGACCCGGGGAGCGGGGCGGUCCAGUGGACGCAGGACCUGGGUGUGCCUGUGACGGGCGUCUAUGCCUGGCACCAGGAUGGCCUGCGCCAGGUGCCCCACCUCACGCUGGCUCAGGACACCUUGCAUUUCCUGGCUCUCCACUGGGGCCACAUCCGCCUGCCUGCCUCAGGCUUCCAAGACUCGGCCACCUUCUUCUUGGCUCCAGACACCCAGCUUCUGAUGACGCUCUAUGUGGGGAAGGAUGAAGCCGGCUUCUAUGUCUCUAAAGCCUUGGUCCAUACUGGGGUGGCCCUGGUGCCUCGGGGACUCACUCUGGCCCCCAUGGAUGGCCCUACCACUGAUGACGUGACAUUUCAAGUCUCGGGAGAGCGAGAAGGAUCACCCAGCACUGCAGUCCGAUACCCUUCGGGCAGUGUGUCUGUCCCCAGCCAGUGGCUGCUCAUCGGACACCAUGAGCCACCCCCGGUCCUGCACACCACCAUGCUGAGGAUCCAUCGUACCCUAGGGAGUGGGACUGCCGAAACAAGACCUUCAGGGAGCACCCAUGCCUGGGCUCUCUUCUUGAGGCUCCUGAACCUGAUCCAGGAGGCACCACGGCACUCAGAGCUGCACCCUGAAGAGAAAAUUCCAGUGUCUGCUCUAGGGCUGGGAUACCACGACCUGCUGGCAGCUGUCCUUACUGCCACCCUCCUGGGCGGCUGGGUGCUCUUCCUCAUGUGGCAGCAGCAGCAGCCGUUGGUGGAGAAGCAGCGGCAGGUUUCCCAAGCACCUGCAGGCACUCCUGAUGUCCCAGAGGAUGCCCAGGCCCACGCCUCUGGGGCCACUGCAUCUCUGAGCCAGAAGAGGCUGCAGAGCCCUUCGGAACAAGCCUGUGACCCUGAGGCUGAGCAGCUCACCGUCGUGGGGAAGAUUUCCUUCAACCCCAAGGAUGUGCUUGGUCGCGGAGCAAGCGGGACUUUCGUUUUCCGGGGACAGUUCGAGGGGCGGGCAGUGGCUGUCAAGAGGCUCCUCCCGGAGUGUUUCGGCCUGGUGCAACGGGAAGUGCAGCUGCUGCAGGAGUCAGACCGGCACCCCAACGUGCUCCGCUACUUCUGCACCGAGCGGAGCCCCCAGUUCCAUUACAUUGCCCUGGAGCUCUGCCAGGCGUCCUUGCAGGAGUACGUGGAGAGCCCCGACCCGGACCACUGGUGUGUGGAACCCAGGAUGGUGCUACAGCAGCUAACGGCGGGCCUGGCCCACCUGCACGCCUUGCACAUAGUGCACCGCGACCUGAAGCCAGGCAACAUUCUCAUUGCUGGGCCAGACAGCCAGGGCCGAGGCAGGGUGGUACUCUCAGACUUCGGCCUCUGCAAGAAGCUGCCCGCCGGCCGCUACAGCUUCAGCCUCCACUCGGGCAUCCCGGGCACUGAAGGUUGGAUGGCGCCUGAGCUCCUCCAGCUGCAGCCCCCAGGCGACCCCGUGAGUCUGUGCAUUGUGCGGGUGGCGUUCUGUCUCGGCCCUUUCCUGGUGCGGCUGUGCAUGCAGGCAUUUUUAUCUGCAGAGGGGGUAUCUACCCCUUCCUACCCAGAGCAGUGGUUCUACUUCCCUACCCACGGGGCUUCAGGCAACGUCUGACGGCACUCCUGGUGUCUUGGCUGACAGCGCUGCUGGCAUCGCUGGGUGAGGGCGGGUAAGCAUCCCACAGUGCCCAGGACAGCUGGCCCAUGGUGUCAGAAGUGCCAAGGCGGAGAAACUUGAACUAGAAAUCAGUCCUCACUGUGACUUAUAAUCACUGGCAAACUCAAAAGAGAACAAACAAGAAAGAAUGCCCAGGUCCGUGUCGUGGCUCCAACGUAAGGUGGAGCCCGGAGGGUGGAGGUCGGCUGAUAGAGACGCCUCCGGAGAGCUGGUCACUCAGCUGGGAGCCCAGCCGGAGUGGCUGAAACAGCGUCUGACCUCCAUGGAGACUCGGGCUGGGGCCUCAGGAUUGUAGACUUUGCUGCUCUGAGUAUGGGUGCAAGGUGAAUGGCACAAUGACAGCAGCACAAAAGGAGUCUCCAGGCG